AUGCCGCUCAAAUGGACAUCUAGAGGCAAGAAGGCGACUGCCUCGACUGCCUCGCCGUUUUCGAAAACGGGAGGUUACAGUGGGACGAAUGUGGCGGACGAGGAUCGGACUGUAGGGGCCUCCCGGGGGUCUUUCUCAGCGAGUUCAAGCCCUACAUCGAAGGGAAAGGUUUUGCGUCAGUCUCAUUCACAUGGAUCGAUCUACUCUGAUGAGCCAACUACGAAAGGAUCUCAGUUAUCGCAGGGGUUGCCGGCUGCUUUAACUGUGGCCCCGGGCCCUGGACAGGGAUCACAACAGCAGAGUGGACAUAGGAGGCUGGAGUCUGCUGAUAAUGGGAAGCAGCAGGGUGCUGGAUCGGAUAGUGGCGCAGAAGCUAGUGCUGUAGUAAGCCAGGGCCAAACGAGAUCUGUACAGGCGGGGAAGUCGUCUAUGGUGCCGCAGCCGGAGACUUUGAACCCAGAGACGUAUGAUUCUACGGUUUUUAAGCUUGGGUGGGUGAAUAAGGCUAAUAGCGGACCUGCUCUGUCUGGUUCACACCGAGAAAGUAGGUAUAGCCACCAGGUUAGCAUGUCCAUCUCGUCGUUAGGGACUGAUAGACAGUCGCAGUACACUAGUGGCGUUGCAUCUAAUGGACAGAGUCAUACGAAUGCCAACUUCCGGGUGCAUAAAGCGCAGUUGAAGGGGUGUGUUUUAACUUUGUACAAGUCAGGCCUUGGGAAUGUGAAAUUUUUUGAUCCAUCAUUGGAACCUACUAUGCAUAUACAAUCUGGGCCACAGCGGCAAGAUACGGUGGAUAAUAAUGGAACAUGCUCACAGUCACAAGUGCAGCAGUCGGGUGAAUACUCGUCUCCAUCGUUACCAACGGGCGAACCAAUAUCCUUCGAUGCCAUACCAAAGUUGGAAUAUUUAAGUGUAACAUAUCCACACCCUCAUUUGCAUUUGGACCAAGAAGGGAGAGUAUUAUCCGGUUCUAUAGAAAGCUUAUGCCAUGCUGUUCUUUUUGCACCCUCCGAUAGCGUAACCAAGCCAAGCGAUAUACUAUUGCUGCUUCCGUUACUUGAGAGCUUUAAUAAAACGUUAAGUUAUUUUAAUGCAUUCCGCAUGGCGUUUUCAAAACGCAAAAGUGCCACACAGACUUCUCUGAGUGGAAAAUCUCAGCAAUGCCUUAUUAGUGCUGAAUCCGAUAACUUGAUCACGGAGAGACUAGUUCUUGUUUUGCGGACAAUUUUAGAUGUUUUUUCUGGAUUUCUAUUGGAUGACCUAACCUUCCAGUUGGUGGUGGCAUUGUUGGACACUAUAUCUCUGCAUGAUGAAGAUGUUUCACAGAAUAUGAAGCUGUUAAUAGUUGAGCGACAAGCUGAACUUACGAAGUUAACUGCUUUUGCCAACGAGCCGUUGGAUAGUUCUAAGUUAGAUGCAUUAUUAAACGUUGAAAGCUUUUUAAAGUUGGACGCUGAUACUAUUGUCCGCCAGAUUCACGGCAUUAAUAUGAAGUUUAGUAAGUCAUGGGGCCCACAGCUGGAUUAUUCAUUAUUGUACGAUUCACAGUACUCCAGUAAACAUGCGAAGUUAAAUCCAUUGCUUUUUUCAAACAAUGGCAAUAUCCAGUACUUAGGGCGUCUACUUGUUACACAUGUAUUCUGCCUUGAUUCUUCAGUUUCGCCUAGGAGAAGAGCAGAUAUUUUAUCGAGAUGGGUACAGUUAGGUUGUAAGUUUGAAAGACUGGGAGAUAUGGUAUCUUGGCUAGCGAUUGCUACCAUAAUAUGUUCGAUUCCAACUUUACGUUUAAUUAAAACUUGGCAACACGUCCCAGAUUCCUACCUCAAAAUUAUUUUCAAAGGAUGGGUCCCUACGAUUGUCCAGUUAGAUAGGAGGCAAGUUUCAUCAAGAACAACGAACAGUGUCUUUAUAUUGGCACCUCCUAACCUAAAUGAUAAAUUCAUUCGGGAAAACGUCAUACCAUACUUUGGAGAUUUGGUUAUUAGAGCAACUGAUCUACCCAAAGAAACAAAGUUUAAGUAUUUGGACAAGAAGAUCCGCCGCACCAAAAAUGCCUUUUACAAAUGGCAACAAAGAUUAGAACAAGAAACAUUAAAUCACCCAGAUACUGAAUCUGAUUCAAAGAAUAAGUUAGCAACUGGAAAUUCGGAAUCUGAGAACUUGGAUUUUUACCAAUAUUGGAAGUAUCAUGUGGGGUUACCACCUAUGAAUAUUGAAAAUAUUAUGGAAAUGAGUUUGAAAGUUGAGCCUCCUUCUAUAAGUGAGGAAUCAUACUCAAGAAUGAUAACAGGACAGUCAUAUGUUGCUAGUGGUGGUUACCUACCGGUAGUAUUUACAUCAUUAUUGCCUAACUAUUCUUUGUUUCCUAAGGAACUGUUAAUUACCGCGGGAACUGUGAAUUCGAACAAAAUAGGUCAAAUGCCUAAAAUUUUUACCGAUAAUUUUAAGCAAACCCAUUUUAACGAUAUUAAGGAUAUUGCUGGGUCUACAAAUGUUAGUGCCCAUCUAGCAAAGGAUCUGUCGUCAGAGGUCCUCGACAAAAUGAUUGUUCUUAAACAUGACAUUAAGAAAGCCGAAGUAGACAUUAAAACAUUGAAUGUGUCCCAUGAUGUAGUAUUCAAAGUAAUAAGGGAAAGUACAGAACGUGAGGCUGAUUCUGAAAGCGUUUUUGUGAGUCCAAGACGCAAUUCGCAAGGCUCAUCGCAGCCAGAUAUUUCAUCUAUGAGUACAAAACUUGACGUCCUUGAAUUUUUCAAUGAUUCAGAUUCUUCCUCUGUAAGGCAAGACGACGUGGAAUUGCACGUCGUGCUAAAAUCUGCAAGUUUAGAGAAAUUGUUUGAUUUCCUAGUUUUGAAAUCUUCGGUAUUUUGUAAUAUUAUAACUACGGAAGAUAUUGCAGAAUACUUCUCUAUUCGCAAAAAGAGUACCACUUCAGAGGAGAUUAAAGAAUACUUUACCAUCAAUAAAAAGGAAGAACCUGUCAAAGAUUUUACUUUGAAAAGUUCAAAUAUUCGUCUUUUAGACUUCGCUGCUCUUAGCGUUGUUAUGGAUCACGGGCUUUUCACGGAAGUUUUUUUUAAUACAUACAAGAGUUUCACUACUACAUUGUCCGUGUUGGAGAACCUAGCGAAAAGGUUUAUUGGAGCAAAAUCUUGCGUUAGUUCUAUUGGCAACUUAGAUAAGUUGGGAGUCAAGGAGAAUGCUGCGGAUUUAAUUAAAGAUCAUGAAUUAAAAGAUACAUCUAGGGCAUCAUUACUUUCUACAUCGGAAUAUGAAAAUAAAAGGUUUCCUGUCUGGGAUAUCAAGGUCACUAAUUUUGAUGUAUCUCAAUGGAGUUCCUUGGCCAAGAUACAGAUAUGUGUAUUGGAAGCACUUUAUCAUUUAUUAAAAGAACAUUAUUCAGAUUUUACGGAUGAUAUGGCGAACAAUAAGACCUUCUUGGAUAUUUUGAAGAUCAUUAACCAGGAAGUUCAUGAAGAAUGGGACAAGAGAAUAAAGAGUUUAAAGGUUGCAUCUGACGUUGACAUUGAGAAUGCUUAUUUGUCUGAGUUAAUAGAAUUACAGCAGAAAUUACAAGAUUUGUUCAAUAAAAUCAAAUCUGUUUAUCAAAGACAACUGUACAGGCCAUUGGGAGUAACAAGAUCUUGCCGGAAGGUCACUGAAUUGCUUGAAUCUUUUCAAGCACAAAACAUGUCUGCCAUCAUUCUAAAUGGCAGUACAGAUAGUGUUGACGAGAUGGCACUAGAAUUUCAAGCACUAAAGUAUGAUUCAAUAGAAUCUAUUGUAUCUUGGGUUUACCGAUUGGAUUCAUUCAUAUCUGAUAAACUAAAACUAGUUUCGGUGAAGGACUGGAUGCAGCUCACUCAUAUUCUAGAGUCUUUAACAAGCGACUCAUUGACUUCUUUUUUCAAGUUCCCUCUACGAUCAGUAGCAGAAGAACUGGUUGCGAGUGGAAACUCCCAACUUGAUGGUUUACCAAUAUUAUCAAUAUUUCCAUGGCUAACAAAUUUGGAAGACAGUGACAAUACACCAAUUAUUGAAAGGCUCCCCCAGAGUAUUCAUUUGCUAUGCAAAAUACACGCGUCUUUAACCCAUUUCUUUAUUGUUCACAUUUGUCAUCCCCAUUUAAGCUUGGAAAGCAGAAAUAACACUUUUGCGGUUAUUCUACAGCUUUUGAAAUUUGUUCGUGCCAAAAACUCCGCUAUUAAGUUAGUACAUUCGAGGCAGCCUGAGAAGGAAGUAACUUCUGAACAAUCUAAUCAUGUUCCUUCCUUCAUCGAAACCGCGCUUACUGACGCAAUUGUUUCUGCCGAGUCUAGAUUGUUUGAAAUGUCAUGGAAAGAAGCUUAUCAUAGAGUCGGUGGGUCUUUUAACGAGAAGGUGCCAUUUAUUGGCACAAUUUUUAACAAGUUGGAAAUUAGCGAUGAAAAGCUUCUAGAGAUUGAGUCAAAGCAACGAACUAAACUGAAGCUCUUCUCACCAUGUCCGGGAUGGCUCACAUGUAGGCUAUUAGAAAUUAUCCAGCUGAUCCCGAAUAUGAGUGUUGAAAGUCCAAAGCUUAUUAACUUUGACAAGAGAAGGUUUACUAACGACAUUAUUAAGAAUUAUAAUGAUAUUGUUUUAUCGAUGGAAAAAGUUUUUGAGAAGAAAAAGGAGAAAGCAGGAUAUGGUUCAAUUUUAUUUUAUGGAUCUGAAGCUAGUAAGGCAUUCAAAAAAGCCGUUAAAGAUGCUGCAACUAAUGAGGCUAGACAACUGAAGUAUCAGGCAACAGGAUUAUUUAAUGAUAUCUUGGUUGCAGAAGUUUAUAAAGUGCAAAGAGAUCAACAAAAGUUAGAUGAGUUAGUGAUAAUGGAACGUGAUUACAAAAAAACUGCCUCUUUUGUAAAUUAUGCCAAACAAUCACUAUCUUCUUCAACUAUUGCCAGCACCAAUUCUACAGUUUCGCAACAAAAAACCAUGAAUGCUCAAAACUCGAACAGUUCGCCUAAUAAUUCAUCUUCAGGCACUAAGCAAACAAGGCAUUCAGUAACGGCCAGAUGUUCAGUAAUUUCUGGAUAUCCGACCCCUGCAGCAUCAGGUACUUCGUCAUCUAUACCUUCCUCAACGUCACACCAUAGCGGGAUGGGGAAAAAAAUUGGUGGCUUUUUAAGAAGACCAUUCUCUAUUAGUGGAUUUUCUACAUCUCUACAGUAUGCCGCAAAUAAUGUUAUGCUCUCUGGAGUACAGACCAACGGGUCUAUAUCUCCAUAUGAGUUGCCCGAAAUAUCUGCGGAAAUACAAGACACGAAGCCAACAAUGACUAUUAAGACAUUCGAAAUAAAGUCAUGCAUCAAAUUAAACAACUACAGGCAGGAUCCUGAUAUUAUGCAUUGUUUUAAAAUAGUUAUGGAGGAUGGUAACCAAUACACUCUUCAAAGUAUCAGCGAACCUGACAUGAAUGAAUGGAUGAAAGCGAUUACAUUAUCCAAGCGGUACUCAUUCCAUUCUAAGAAGUUUAAAGGUAAGACCUCAAAUAAAAUAUUUGGCGUUCCUGUUGAAGAUGUAUGUGAAAGGGAAGGUACUCUAAUUCCCAACAUCAUCAUUAAGCUUUUGGAUGAAAUAGAAUCGCGUGGAUUGGAUGAGGUCGGACUAUACAGAGUUCCUGGUUCAGUAGGGAGCAUCAAUGCCCUCAAAAACGCAUUUGAUGAGGAAGGCGCUAUCAAUAACACAUUCACGUUAGAUGAUAGCCGGUGGUUUGAAAUCAAUACUAUUGCUGGUUGUUUUAAGUUAUAUCUAAGAGAAUUGCCUGAAUCAUUGUUUCUCAAUGACAAGGUGGAAGAUUUCGUAGGCGUGAUGGCUAAAUUCAAGAGCAAAGAGAUCGAUCUCCCCACCUUCCAAAAGGACAUAAGAGCGCUAUUGAGAGUGUUACCUGUAUACAAUUACCACAUUCUGAAACGUCUAUUCUUGCAUCUAAAAAAGGUUCAUCAACAUGUUGAAAAUAAUCGUAUGGAUGCCAGUAACUUGGCAAUUGUAUUCUCAAUGUCAUUUAUUAAUCAGGACGACUUAGCUAGUACCAUGGGCCCCAUGCUUGGUUCGUUGCAAACGUUAUUGCAGUACCUUAUCAAGAAUCCGGAACAUUAUUUUGACUGA